UAAUGGGCCAACGACUCCCUUGAUCAACACAGCGUGAGAUAGAAGCAAAAAGAGAAGAGCAGCAGAAGCUGAGGAAACGACACUCUAACUAUGGCUCCGCCACCACCAGUAAUCGAAGGAACCUUGAAAAAUACUAUCCAUUCUCUUGGUUUUGGGCUCAUUACGACGGUUUUGUCAGUCACGUUCGGGAAGUUUCUUAUCCCUAAUUUCUUCGUUUGGAUAGUUAGCUUUGUUGUUUUCAUUGAAUUUGUGCUGCUAUCAAUUCCACGGAAGCGAGACGAUUACGAACUCUAUCAAGCCCCUGGGAAGAAAGUCAAGCAUAAUAUUGAAGGACUUGGUGCUCCACAGAUCAGCAUUAAUACACCUGACGAUGAAGGCUCGCCCAAGAAGAAAGGGAUAAGAGAGAGAUUCAAAAAGGACAGGCAUGGAAAGAAAGAUCAUUUGAGUCCUGACGCUGCUGAAGGUGGUGAAGAGUCCGGGCAAAGUAGGCCAACGGCUAGCCCUAAGAAGUCACCUAAAACAGAAAGAAAAGUGAAAGACGAAACGCAGAAGACCGAAAAAGAAGCAGAAAAGACGGAGAAGGGGGAGAACGAGAAAACUGCGAAGAAAAAAGAGAAGAAUAAAGGGAAAGGCGACAGUGAAGACAAUGUGGCUGAAGACCAGGACGAAGAAAAGAAUAAAAACAAAGGCAAAGGAAGCUGGAAAAAACGCCUUCCUCAUCGCAAGUCACAAAGCUUGAGCGACGAAUGAUGCCUCGAAACACUUGGAUAACAGGCAAGAAAACAAACUUAUAGAUGAACUAGAUAUGUUUAUCGAGCCUGUAAGCCCGCGAUCUUUGUUUGCAGGUUUCUGCCAUUUGCAUCUCAUUACCAUAAAUUGAACUUUGCAUCUCAUUAGCAUAAAUUGAACUUUGCAUCUCAUUAGCAUAAAUUAAAUUUUGUAUCUCAUUAGCAUGAAUUGAAUUUUGAACUGUAAACGAACAAAGACGAUAUAGAAAGUUUCGGAUUGGUUGUAAUGUUUUCCAUUUCAGUAAUUCUCUUGAGUAUACUUUCUUUAUAAUUUAUAUCAUAUUUCAAAAAUUUCAGUAUCUCAAUGCUUGAUUUGAGUAAAUAAUGAAAAGUUAAUCCAAGAUGACAAAAAAA